AUGUUCCACUGGUGGUUUUCUCUUGUUUUCCCCUUACUUUACCCUUGCAUGUACAGAUCCAGUGGCUCUCGUCUCGCUGCGUGUUCUGCUCCACCCACCGAAAUAAAAGCCAAAGAUUUCACCCGAGCUGCUGGGAAGCGAACUCCUCGGAGCUGUACGAUACUCCCAACUCCGCUGCUGCAGCCACAGUUAAAGAAAAUGAUGGCUGUACUUCUCCGUUUCUCCUGCCAUGUUGUCUUUCUACUCCAGCCAUAUGUAAUGAACACAGCUGAUGGGGGAGCAUAUUAUGGACCAAAGCAGCCACCUCAGCAGCAGCCUCAGCCCAUCCCGCAGUACAGCGAUGACUUUCCUCAGCAGCAGUUCCUGGGGAACGAGAUGCCACAUUCACCUUUCAGCAAAGGGAUCCCAUCUAUGUCCCAGCAUGGAAAAGAUGCUCCACAACUGCCAUUGCCUUUGCAAAUUGGAAAAAUUAGACCAUUGACAAAAGGCAAAGGACAAACCUUCCCAAGGGGAUCUAAAGGUCCUCUUCCUGUUCCUAGUGGGAAAGGUUUCACAGGUGGACCUCAAGGCAUUGAAGGCCCCCCUGGACCAGUGGGCCCUCCAGGUCCACAAGGCCCCCCUGGGCUUCCAGGACAGGGGAUUCCUGGAUCACCAGGAAAGCCAGGUCCCCCGGGUUCUCAGGGAUACAAGGGAAAUGGAAAACCUGGAAUGCCAGGAUUGCCUGGAAAACCUGGAGGCCCUGGAUUACCAGGAGCAAAAGGGGAUCUUGGACCAAUUGGUGGUCAAGGGCCAACAGGACUUCCCGGGCCUCCAGGACUCCCAGGUCCCACUGGACUCCCUGGAAUUUCAAAAUCAGGAGGCCAGGGGUUACCAGGACUGCAAGGGCAACCAGGAGAACCUGGCCAAAAUGGUCCACCUGGGUUUCCUGGUCCUCAAGGUCCAAAAGGCGAUAAAGGGCUUGGACUGCCUGGUUUUCCAGGUGUGAAUGGACCUGGUGGGCCACCUGGUCCUCCUGGACAAGUGGGCCUCCCUGGCAAUGGCAAACCUGGUCUGAAUGGUGUACCUGGACAACCAGGAUUUCCAGGAAAACCGGGUCCUCCUGGAGAAGCAGGACUAGUAGGAGCACCAGGUCAAAGAGGGCAACCAGGACUUCCAGGUGUACCAGGAAUAGGAAAACCAGGAAAAGAUGGUGUUAGAGGGUUACCAGGGUUCUCUGGAGGAAAAGGUGAACCAGGGCCUCCUGGUUUAAUUGGACCACCAGGCUUGCCAGGUUAUGGGAAAACAGGAUUUCCAGGGCCUAAGGGUCACAAGGGACAUGCUGGUCUUCCAGGACAACCAGGCCCAAAAGGUGACAAAGGUCAUGUAGGUCAACCUGGAGUUAUUGGUCUAACUGGUUUGACAGGAAUACCUGGGGCACCAGGGCCCACCGGGCCUCCUGGUAGUCUUGGCUUCCCAGGACAGAAGGGAGAAGAUGGCACAUUUGGCCCUAGAGGAAAUCCUGGAGUGAAGGGUGAAACUGGACCUCCAGGUCUUUCAGGACAGCCAGGUAGGCCAGGAGAGGGUGGACAACCUGGACAAAGAGGAUUCCAAGGGCCAAUAGGGCCAAAAGGAGAAGCUGGGGCUAGAGGUUUACCUGGUGCCUCUGGUGCUGCAGGAUUACAAGGACCAAAAGGAGAGGGAGGAGAUUCUGGAAACAAGGGCCAACCAGGUCCACAGGGGAUCCCUGGACUUACAGGACCAGGGGGACCAAUUGGACCUCCUGGUCAUCCAGGACAAAAAGGUGAAACAGGACCAACAGGUAACCCUGGUUAUCCUGGUAAUGGGGCCCCAGGAACCCCUGGUCAAAUUGGUCCUCAAGGAAACCCUGGUCCCAGUGGUUUUCCUGGACUUCCUGGACAACCCGGCCCUCCAGGUCCUCCCGGCCCUCCAGGAAUGUUUACUGAAUCUCCUGACAUUAUUCAAUUCCUCCCUCACACAGGCCCCUACAAUGGACAAGUUCCCAAAAAGCCAGGCAAUGGAGUUGAGAUUAGUGGAACCAAUCAGCAGAUUCCUGCAUUCACUGCAAAACUGACAAAUCCGUUCCCUCUAGUAGGCUCCCCAAUCACAUUUGACAAACUUCUCCACAACGGAAAUCAGGACUACAAUCCACAAAAUGGUAUUUUUACAUGUAGUAUACCAGGAAUCUAUUAUUUUGCUUACCACGUCCACUGCAAGGGAGGCAACGUUUGGGUGGCGCUGAUGAAGAACAGUAAGCCAGUAAUGUACACUUAUGACGAGUACAAAAAGGGUUUGCUUGAUCAGGCUUCAGGAAGCGCUGUACUCCCAUUGAGAAAAGGAGACACUGUUCAUGUAGAGCUUCCAUCAGACCAGGCAGCAGGACUUUAUGCUGGUCAGUAUGUCCAUUCCACAUUUUCUGGAUACUUACUGUACUUGAUGUAAUAAGUAGAGGCCAUUGUCAUACAUUGAAAGGGAAAAGUAUUUGAGACUCAGUGUUUGUAGGCCAAGAUUAGGGAAUAUAUGUAGGAAAAACUCAGUGCUUUCCAGGUGUCAGUUGCCUAGAGUAGAAAAUAUUGACCCCUUGCAUGUCGUGUUACACUUUUCAGAAAGUGUCCCCUUCUGCCAUGACAGACAUCCAAACAACGCAUGUACACGUUUUUUCAAGGUUAGCAGACUUAACAUUCGUAAAGUAAGUAAGUCUAGUAAGAUGCAAUGAAAUAUUAGAUUAUGGACAAUGCAUGUGUGUAAUAAUUAGUAACUAUCCAAAAAAUGUCCCACCAUCAUGUAGCCUACCAUGUACAAAAAGUAUUGGUAACCAUCUAGACACCUGAUUGCUUUUAAGUCUGCUCUGGUGGAAGGAAAGUGCUGUUUAUGAUGUAAUGGUAUAAAUAUUGUGGUGUGAAUUCAGGCAAAGAUGGUGAUGUGAUCAAAUCAGCAAGCAUGUCAGGAGGGUAAGUAUGGGUUGGUUUCUAAGUGCUAGCUCUAUCCAACUUUUAUAAAUACUGCUGUCCAUAAGCCCCAACCAGGUCUGUUACUUCCACAGACAAAUUAGCUCGACUUGAACAAGUAGAAGCCAUAGUUGUACUGGCAAAACAAUUUGGGAAACAAUUUCAGUCGCUCCCUUCAAUUUUCUAGUCUCUCACUUCCGACGUCCAUCAUGGUGCCUCAGUGUGAUCAGGUGACAUAUUUGCAAAGGGUCAAUGUAUUUUGGUGCAAUUAACAUUGGUUUCACUUUUACAUAUUAGCACGAGGUGAUAGCAACAUGCUACCCUGAGUUAUUAGUUGCCAUAUGCACAUAAUUUGCUGUAAACCUGUUCACCUAAAUAACUGGCUACCAUUGCUUUAUUCAUUUUUACUGUAUUCUGUGCACAUUAAGAACAUAACAUAUUAAUUAAGCCAUUCAUUUAUUCACAAUUAUACUGUCGACAUAUGUAUUUUCCGUUGUUUAUCAUUUCUGUAUGUUUUGUAUAUUACUUGGCACAUGCAGCUGGUAAAAUAUUGCAGUCUUUAUAUCAGUAUUAUAUAAAGACAUCAAACUGCAUCUACAUCCACAAAUUGACAAAUUUUCCUACAUGUUAUGCACUCUUUUUUUCUUGUCAUCAUAAUGAUGAUUAUGUAGUUUCUUUAAUUUAUUUUUUUUUUCCAACUACUGAUUACUUGAAUUUGCUUUAUUUGUUGGGUGGAAAAAAUAAUUCACUUCAAAAAUUCAACAGAAACAAUGUGUAAGGUUAAAACAAAAUCUAUUGAAAGACACAUUUUUCAAGCAGAAUCUGCCAGUUUUUCUUCUUGUCUUCAAAUGAUGCAUGUCAUUUUGAAAUAAAAUCCUCUGUAUAUUUCUGUAUACUUAAAGUGUUUCCAAAACGUGAAUUUUCUUGUUUUUCUCUAAACUGUGUGUCAGCGAAAGAAUCAAGCUUUUGUUUCACUCUAGAAUUGUGCCACUCAUGGUGGCAGCAUGUUGGAGUUGCUCUGUUAUAUUAGUUCAGAUUUAUUCUCUUUGUAGACUUCAAGCAUAUAAACUAUUCCCAGCACAUCAGUAUUCCUCAAAUGGAAUACUUAUGCUUCAAUUCAGUAUGCCCAAGCGUGGUUUGGGAAUACUGUCUAAUCAUGGUAGAGAUGUUGCAUGUUUGGACAGAAUUUGCGACUCCAACAUCUCUUUGCCCAACUUUCUGACCAUGCAACCAGACAAGAGAUCUGAAAAUGAGUGUUAAAAGAAAAUGAUGUGGAUUAGCAGUGCUCGCCAUGGUGUCAUCGAGAACAUGUUACUGUCAUAUACCAUCACCGAUGCCCGAAUAUUUCACUGUUAGCAUCUCAUGACAGUCAUGAGAAAGUCUUACUGCAACAGUCUUAAGUCAGAGGGCUCUUCAACUUUGUUGCAAGACUGACUGCUACUCUUCAUCCAAAAUGGCAAAAAGGAUCAUCAUCCAAAAUGAGUCUUUGAAAAUACUUAGUUGAUAGGAGUUACAGCAACCUUUAAUUUCCAUUUCAAAUAUUAGAAGUAUUUUUCAAUAGAAUUGAAUUAGAAUUUUAACUUCUGUUUUUUUCUGCUUGAUUUUUCUCUAUUUUCAAAUAAAAGUUAAUAAUUAAAAC